AUGUCUUCAAAUAUUUGCAGGGUUAUUCAGGGCAACCGCAGCACAGAGGAGCGCUUCCUCCUGCUGGGUUUCUCCGACCAGCCCUCCCUGCAACCUGUCCUCUUCGCCCUGGCUCUCCUCUGCUACCUCCUGACUCUGACUGGUAACUCGGCGCUGGUGCUGCUGGCCGUGCGAGACCCGCGCCUGCAGGCGCCCAUGUACUACUUCCUCUGCCACCUGGCUUUGGUGGACACGGGCUUCACCACGAGCGUGGUGUCACCGCUGCUGGCCACCCUGCGCGGCAGGGCCCUGUGGCUAGAGCGCAGCGGCUGCCUGGCCCAGCUGGGCGCGUCGCUGGCGCUGGGCUCGGCCGAGUGCGUCCUCCUGGCGGUGAUGGCCCUGGACCGCGCCGCUGCCGUGUGCCACCCGCUGCGCUACGCCGGGCUCGCCUCGCCGCGCCUCUGCCGGCUGGCCGUCGCCUCCUGGCUCGGCGGCCUCACCAACUCCGCCGCGCAAACAGCGCUCCUGGCCGCUCGGCCGCUGUGCGCGCCCCGCCGGGUGGACCACUUCAUCUGCGAGCUGCCCGCGCUGCUCAAGCUGGCCUGCGGCGGCGGGGGACAAAAGACCACCGAGCGCCAGAUGUUCGCCGCCCGAGCGGUCAUCCUGCUGGUGCCGUCCGCCGUCAUCCUGGCCUCCUAUGCUGCCGUGGCCCGCGCGGUGUGGGCCAUGAGGACCAGACGGAGCCGCAGGAAGGCGGUGGGCACUUGCGGGUCCCACCUGACUGCCGUCUGCCUGUUCUAUGGCUCAGCCAUCUACACCUACCUGCAACCUACGCACAGCUACGAUCAGGGUCGGGGCAAGUUCGUUUCGCUUUUCUACACUGUAGUCACGCCCGCCCUCAAUCCACUCAUCUACACCCUCAGAAAUAAGGAAGUGAAGGGGGCAGCGAGGAGGCUCCUGGGGAGAAGGCAAGCUUGUCAGUAAGUCGGGAGGGAAGGAAGUGUGACCCCAGGACCUAAGGAGGGGAUGCUCCCUGGAAAGUCAGCCAGUUUAGGCUUCAGGCUGUUCACUUCUGCAUAAGAAUCUGCGAGGUUUGUCCUUAGGAAGUUCAAGGCUGAUGGGGGAGAUCCUUUCCUCCAUCAGGAAAGGUUCAUGUGCUGUAGGGAAAAGUCCUGCCUUUAUUCCUGCAAGUUUAGUGAGGCGGAAGUGGCCUUCGGCUUUCACCUAAACUGAAGAAGAAAGUCUGAUUUGGGGAGGACCUUCCCCAUCCUCAGGAGAUGUUAUAUCUACUGGUCAAGAGUACAUAUGUUGGUAGGAUGAUAUGCCAGGGAUUCCAGUCUGAUGGGAAGAGCAGGAAGGACCCCAUGGUGCCUGCCAUCAGGUGGAUUCUUAAAUGACAAUAAAUCAUAAUCUCUACCCUGCAGGAGCCCCCAUCCAGACAAUGAAACAUUGUCUCUCAUCUCAGGAAAUCAGUCCAACCUAAAGCCCACCUAUCCAUUUAAAUAGUGCCCACUGUAGAGUGCUUGACUCUGUUGUAAUGAGCAACACUUAUUGGUGUGGUUUGUGCUAAGUAGGGUUAAAUUCAGAUGAAGGAGUAAACAAAGGGAAUAAGAGGGAAGAAAAAGCUCUAUUAGCCAGAAUUUGGGCAGAGCACUGGGGUCCACUUAGAGACCAAUCCCUCCCCCACCUCACCCAACCUAAAGAAGACCUGCUAGACCCCAGGGCAGGCAGAACAGAAACUGGUCACAGUCCCUCGACUUGCAGAAUGUCUGUUCUCACCGGAAGCUCAUCUGUUCCCAAGGAGCCCCCACUAGAGACAUAAAAUCUCUACGUCCCCAAGGCAAAUGUCUUGCCCUGCCCCUGUCAUCCCCAGAAAUAAGAACGGUUUCACUGAGUGUGAGACAAAGAGAGUAAGAGGGGGCACGGCACCAAGUUUCGUUCAUACCAAAGAGCUUUAAAUAAGGAGAGAAGUCGUUCAAUUUCUAAAUUAUUUAUUAAUAAGAUUGUUAAUCAUGUUCAGCGUAAAUCAUUCACUUCAUAACACAUCAUUUCACUAUUCUCUAUAGGUAGAAAGUCAGUUUGGUUCAAGGAUUAUUGAAUGAUAUGAUAGACGCAGCAGUGGACUAAACAGAUGCAGACACAGUCAUCAGAAGAACACAGAUGCUGACCUAAAACUCACUGUCUUGUUUGUUGGAAAAGGAAAUAGUUUUUCUAUGAAUCAGAGGGAACCAUGAAAGAAUUAAAUGGCAAGCUGGCUUUGAAGGUUAUUUCUAAUGGACCUUCCAGUAAUAAUAUAUCAGUAUAUAUAGUAUAUGCAGUUUUGCUACUUAGUCAUGUUAGAAUCAAAGAAUCAAAGAGUUAGAAAUAUUCUACUGUCUUCCUCCCCAGUCCAUCCCAAAUCUUCUCUUUCUUUUAUCUUUAUCAUUGACUUUAGGAAAUUUUCAAAGGGUGUGGUUAGUAAGUGAGAAGUAAAAGGAAA